AUGGACUGGCAGCCUCGGCGAUUGGCAGCACAUCCAUCACAAUCUGAGAUGCUGUAUUAUGGUCCGUCAGGGCAGUAUUCGCAGCCCUUGCAUUUUGGCCCUCCUGCGCAAUUUGCGCAACCUUGGCAUUCAGCAGCACCUUCUUGGCCGUUUGCGCAGCCUGUGCAGUUUGCGCAGCAACCUGUGCAAUCUGCGCAGCGUUACACAUUACACAGCCAUCCCACAGCAGAACCAGGACAGACACGAGCACUUGACCCAACAUAUUGUUUACUUGAUGAGCGCGGAAACCCCAAGCCCUUCUCAAGCGUCAGUCAGGUCAGCGGUAGGAACUAUGAAGGUAUGAUAUCCAGCAUUUUUUACAGUAGUGGUCCUCGGACACUCCGUGCAGUCCAGAAUCAAGAAGCGCAGGAACGAAAUCGCUUGGAGACAUGCAAGGCUGCCGUUGCAGAUUUCCUGCGAACAACUGUCUCUGACCACGUGGGGGAUGCAAUGACAAAAACGGGUGUCGGAGAGCAGCAAGCCGAAGUUGACACAGUCUACAAUGGUUCUUUCAGAAACUUUGCUGAACAAAUCAAGGAACUCUGCACAGUCAAGGUCAGUGCUACGUGCGAUGAGGUUGAGAGGGUGCUUGUGGAAGUUUGUUCCGACAGCCGCUUUGUUGCAAUGAAACUCUUCCAGAUUGAGAUCCAAAGUGGUCUGGUUGGACGCAAUGGAUUCUUAGACUACAGGCUUUGCGAUCGUUUUCAACCGAGCAGCAUUGCACGUCCAGACAGAAAAUCUGGCUCAACGCCUUAG